AUGUUCUCGAGAGUCGGGGCCCAAGUGGCUCGUCAAAACGUUAGACAAUAUGCUACUUUGAAAGAAGUUGAGAUGCGUCUCAAAUCGAUUAAGAACAUCGAGAAGAUUACCAAGACAAUGAAAAUUGUGGCCUCCACCAGAUUGAGCAAAGCUGAAAAGGCUAAAAAUACUGCCAAGGUGUUCGAUUCCGCAGAUAAUCAGUUUUACCGUAACGCAGAGACUAAGGCUUUGGAACAACCAGAGGAAAAAAAAGAGCUUGUUAUCGCAAUUACUUCUGAUAAAGGUUUGUGUGGUUCUAUUCACUCCCAAUUGGCCAAGGCUGUGAGAAGACAUAUGCAAGAAGCUCCAUCUGCUGAUAUUGUCGCCAUCGGUGACAAAAUCAAGGCUCAAUUGUUGAGAACUCAUGCCGAUAAUGUCAAGUUUGCCGUGAAUGGUAUCGGUAAGGAGGCCCCAACUUUCUUGGAAGCUGCUUCCAUUGCUGAUAAACUACUUGCUUUGGGUGCAGGUACUUACCCAAAGAUCUCAAUCUUCUACAACGAUCCAGUGAGCUCCAUCUCUUUUGAGCCAAAGGUUAAGCCUGUUUUCACCCCAGAGACCAUCAAGGAAUCCCCAGGUUACAGCAAGUACGAAAUUGACCUUGACGCAAAGGUGCCCACUGAUUUGUUCGAAUACACUUUGGCUAACAAGAUCUUGACCGCCAUGGCCGAGGGUUAUGCAGCAGAAAUCUCCGCUAGAAGAAAUGCCAUGGAUAACGCUUCUAAGAACGCUGGUGAUAUGAUUAACAGAUACUCUAUUCUGUACAACAGAACCAGACAAGCUGUUAUCACCAACGAAUUGGUCGAUAUCAUCACUGGUGCUUCCUCUCUGGACUGA